ACAAGGGCGUGACACGCGAGCUUUGCACCUGUGCUUAUAAGAAAGUUUCUUCAUUCCUAUUGGUCGAGAGAAACGGCCGGGACAUUUGUUUAUGUUAAAACUUGCUUAUGGGUAGUUUUAGUUUCGAGAAUUUUGCAUAAAUAGAAUUAACAAAAAAAGAUUUGAUUUGCAUAAAAAUACAGGCUUCUUUGGACUUGUUUUCUCAUUUUCUAUUGCUUCUAGACAGUAGUUGUUUUGAUGUUGCAACCCUCAUAGAGUCUUUUAUUAAAGACUUGUGCUUUGUAAGAAAUAUUCUACUUGGGUAGACAGUUUUGUUUUAUAUACAUGUACUCGGUGUAUUAACAACUAAUUUCCUCAUUUAAUCAAGUAAUUAAGAAAUUAAAAGUUUACUUUAGACCAAUUUGAUAAACUUCUGCAAGGAGGCAACAAAGGCUACAAAAUUGAACUAUAAUGAAACAAUGGACCUGGUUAUAAUACUGUUUUAAAUACAGCAAUUGUUGAAAUUGCAAUGUUUAGAACCUCAUGGAGUCUUUCACAAAGACUUAAUGCCUUUUUAAGGAACGUUCAACUUCUUGGGUUAACCAUGUUCUCAAAUGUGUUAAACUUAACAAUUAAUUUCCUCAUCUAAUUAAGCAAUUUAGACUCUUAUGUAUUUUUUGCAUUAGAAUGUAAACACACAAGAUAAAUUUUAACAAAAGUUAAAGGUUAAAAGUAUAUUUUAAGUCAAUUAUUGUAAAUUUCUGUCAAUAUACUGUAGAUUUAGAAAUAAAUGAAACUACUGGCUCCAUCCAAGAACAUGAAGAAAGAGAAAUAAACAAAAACAUAGAAGAGAUUUCAGCAUUGUCUGUCUGUGGUUUAAGAAAUUGUUCACUAUUAAUAUACACAAAAUUUAAAAAUUUAGACACAAUAGGUUGUCCAAGUUGUAAAGAGAAGGUUUGCCGAAUUUCUCACAAAGGGGAUUUCCCUUGGUUGCGAAAUACAGUCACAUGACAAUCUUAAAGGGAAAGUAAUGGUAUAUACAUGGAACAUUGUUUUCACAGGGGGAAAGCACACUAAGUAAUUUAAUUACACUGUUUAAAACAAACCGACAUGACUGAGGUUAUUCUCGCUUUGCUUUGAUGUAUAAAACAAGCAGAAAGUCACCUAUGGAAGUCAAAACUAUGGGAGAGCAACGGAUUUAUUUAAUGGGGGCCUAUUUAAUUUGGUGAUCGUGAUAGUGAACUGCACUCUCCAACCGGUAACAGUCUGCAAGUAAAAUUGGUUUGGAUUCUACAACAAAAAGUGUGCUUACAUCAUGGAUGUUCAACGAGGACAUUGCUGGCGUUGUGAAAAAGCUCUCCCUGAUCCGUCUGUGCGCUGUAAUGACUGCCCACUGGCUGUGUAUUGCACUGCAUCAUGCAAAGUCAGAGACAGGGUCAGGCACAAGGCAGUAGAGUGUCAGAUAUUUGGACCCAAGUGCAACACUUGCGGCAACAAGAAUGAUAUCAAAACGUGUGCACAGUGUACCAACGCUUGGUAUUGCAAUAGGAGGUGCCAAAAGAUAGACUGGAGAAGCCAUAAGUACUUAUGUCGACAAACUAUAGAUGACAUUAAAUCACUAGCUACAUUUUGUCGGGAAAAAAACACUGAACUUGCAAAAGUCAAAAGAACAAAAAGUGCACCUUAUUACAUUGGGAAUACCAUAGCUAAAGAUUUCUUAAAUCUUGACAACAAUGAAUGGUCUGGAGAAACUCUGACUGAGAAGGACAUGGCUCAGGAUUACCAUGUGCUGUCUGCUGGUUGUGGCGACUUGCGGAAUACAGUCUUAACAGCUGGUUCCCUUCCUGACAGGUACCAAGGAAAGCUUCACGUAACUCUCAAUGAUUUUGAUCCUUUUGUCAUGGCAAGAAAUGUCUUGUUUCUCUAUAUGUUGGUUCGGUUUGCAGACACUGAGGGAAUUGAGAGCAGUCUGACUACCCUCUGGUACUCAGUUCACAUUACAAAGAAAGAGUAUGACCUGAUCAAGACCAGCUUGGAUGAGCUCAUUCAGAUGGAUGCCAAGAAUCUUAAUGAGCUCACUAAUGGUCUAGUAGUUGUUCGGAGAUGUGACCUUAGGCUUAUGUCUCAGGUUUGGAAAAAAUGGCAAGGUCUUGAAUGCAGACGAAAUGUCAAAGGUUCAAUUAACCUUAGAAAACAAAGGAAAGAAUUACUGGCACCAGUUCUUGAGCAGACCACAUGUUACCUUUGGCAUGUACAAAUAUCCCAAGAAGAUAAGAGGGCCAUGGGAGAGUGGUUUGACCAUGGGUUGUUCUACUCAUACGAAUCAUACACAUCGGACAUGCCAUUUGACAAUGUAACGAUGACCGGGCGAAAGGGUUUAAGCAGCAACUACCAUCCUCUUGACUUUCGUAAUAAUACAAACACAUUUGAAGAAAUUGGAAGUGUUUAUCUGGUGCACCAACCAAAAGACUAUGAAUUUGUCUACUGUAUUACCACAGACUCUAUUCCUUUUGCGGGAUGGGACUGGCUGAAAGUGAAAGCAAGCACUUGCGAACUCAAUGGUUACACAUCCCCAAUGGUAAUGUACCACAAGUACGUGACCAACCUUUUCCGCAAGGUAAAAGAUCUAGCCACUCAAGGAAGGCUCUGCAUCCAAUUCUUUCUGACUAACUGCCUGGAGUUUCCAACACUUUAUGAAUCCCAACAUAUGCCAGCCUUUGAUAGAGUCUUCACCUCCAACCUUUCAGACUACCUUGGCUUUGCUAAGCUCCUCCAGAUAUUCAAGCCUUUGCUUAAUUGCAAAAACAGGUUCUCGGUUGUCGUCACCGAGACUAUAAAUUGGAGCGACUUUGAGCCUACACGUUGGGCAUACUAUGAGGAGGUGGGGCAAAGGCACAAACGAUCUGUCGGCUUUGCAUACUUUGCAGACAAUGAUGUAUCUCCUUCCCAGGGUCGCCCCUAUAAUCCAAAUGUGGUGAGAGAGUAUCACAACAAUACUGCAUGCUUUCUGGUAUAUCUUCGUGCUGAAAUAAUGGCAGGUGGACAUGGGAUACCAUCACUCAAGGAAGUACCAUCCUUUGGUUCAGUGAUGACUUUCAGUGGGAUGCAGAUGCGUGACUUUCGGAAGGAACUUAAUCGGGUCGUCCCAUUUAAGUUACGUACAAAUGUACGAGGUCUUUCCCCGAUGACUGGUUUUGAGAGAGUGGUCGAGUGGUGUCUCCCUGACAUUGAAGAUUAAGGUCUUGUCACAUGAGCCUACUCUAUACAAACUGUUGAGGUAACAAACUGAGCUGUGCAAAUGGAAACACUUCGGUAGCCUAGGGUUGCCUGGGGCCUGGUUGUCUGUAAUUACACAGAAGUAUUGGUCAUUUAAUUUUAUUGGUUUUCCCAUGUUGCAUAGUUAAUGAAUUUGUUAAAUUAAUAAGAAGAACAAAAUGAAAGUGUGGUUUACGUCAGACAACAUCAAUUUCCAGUUAAGUUGUGUUUUUCCCCCGAAAAUUGUAGUAAAAUGCUUUUUUUUUAACUGGAGGUACAAAUCUUUCGGGGUAUUAACAAAACAAGUGCAUCAAUGUUGUGUUUUUUUCAUAGACUUCAUAAAAAAACUGGGUUUGAGAACAAAAACACCCGAUUGGGAACAUUGUUUUGUCAAACAUGAAACAAUGUUUCCAGUCACAUGAAAAACAAAAAUAAACUCAGAUGACUGUUGUCCUAUGGGCGGGUCUAUUCUCACUGUCUAUAGAACUUUUAAGAAUUAAUGCUCAGCAAAAUCAGAGUAUUAAGAAAUAUAAUGGUGAGUCAAAUAUGUUUAGCUGUCUACUGUCACACAACAGACAUGCUUUUUUCUGUAAAAUUAAACUACCAUAAAUUUAAAUUCUUACUAAAUGUGUAUAUUACUAUAAAAUAAUGUGCUCAGUAGUGAAUUUGUAUACUAUAUUAAUCCUUAGGUACAGAUUAAUUUUAACUGUUUUAUAAAAAAUCAAAACAUGUUCAUGCAUUUUUUUCUCUCACAUUUGUUCAAUAGCACCCCCUAUUGAACAUCGCAUCAAAUGAAAGCUCAACAAUCGCUCUAAACAACCAAUUGUUCAAAGUGGUAUAAUGGGAGUUGCAGUUUUUAAGUUAUGACCACUUAUCAAAGUCAAUUUGAACGUGUUUUGGUGGCCUCUCCAAACAAUCUAAUUUUUCACAUCUGUAAAGGGCAGGGAUUUCCUUUCUUGCACAAUACAGAGUUAGUAAUGAGGUUUGGGAGUUUAAAGGUACUUCGAUCAAUGAAGGCUGAAUGUCACAAUAUGUGCACAGCAGAUUAUAAAUACCUUCCCUUGUAGUAUCGAAUACAUGUAAGUAGUAACUGUACUUCAUCAUCAAAUUAAUGUCUGUGUUUGUAAAUUUGUCACCCUUUUUAGAUAAUAGAAUAGCCCUAAAAACAUAAUGCAAGCCAAAGUCUGCCGAUUUCUCAUUGAGGGGAUUUCCCCUGCUUGCGCAAUACAGCUAGUAAUGAUCUUAAAGGGAGGGUAGAUACUCAUGCCAAGGAAGUCUGAGUGGCACUAGUGUCACGUUCAACCAACUAAUCUCUGACAAAUGUUUGGGGAAUUCGUUCAUUAUUUCUCAAUUGUUUUUCAACCUUGGUCAAAAUAUGAAUGCUUGUUUUAAAUGGCUAAUUCCCUCUUUUUAUUGUGUCUUUUUAAAAUGUAGCUUAUUAUUAUACAUGUAGAUGUCUUAAAUGAUGUAUGCUUUUGCUGGAAAUAAAGACUUUCAACAGAAAACAACUAUAUUUUGUCAGCCAAAUUUGGGAUUUGUUUGUAACUGGAUACUAAACUAACAUCUUUAUAAAACUGUAACAUUCCAUGCAGAGCAUGAUGAAAGUUGAAUGAAGAUUUUGAUAACCCCCAAUUUUAAAAAAAGAUUUUAAUAUUACCAAAUUAUUUGAAAAGUUUACAUUGUAUCCUAAUAUCAUGUGGGUAUUUUUAAUGUACAAUAGUUGCAUUUAUUUGAAGUUUGUUGGCUAUAGCUCCAAGCAUUCUGUGUACAUAUUGCUUCUUUCUCUUCAGUUUAUUCUUCCACUGUUUGGUAAUGUUGUAAGUAAGGUACAAAUUUAUGGGAAACAAAAUAAAUCAAGUGAAAAGUACGUCACUUCAAAAAAGUAUG